ACCGUCACCAAGUGGUAGGUUGUUCGCUCAUAGGGGACAGGCAAGUAGCAAAAUAACCAUGAACCCAGGGAUAUACAACAGCGUACUGGUCACUGGGUCCAACCGGGGAAUUGGACUUGAGCUAGUACGGCAGCUGGCCGAAUUGGCGACCUCUCCAUCUCAGAUCUUUGCUGGUUGCCGCGAUCCUGGAGGACCCAGGUCAAAGGCCUUGCAAGACCUUGCACAGAAACACUCAAAUCUGAUCACCGUCAUCACCUUGGACACCACGGACCCGGUCAGUAUUAAAGAGGCCUCCCAGGUUGUGGGGAGAAAACUCGGUGAUGGCAGCCUGAGCCUGCUGAUCAACAAUGCUGGACUGAACAUCCCGGGAAAUCUACAGGAGACAGGCAUGAAGGAAAUGGUAGAUGUGUACACCACCAAUGUGGUGGGACCCAUGCUCGUUGCCAAAGAGUUCCUGCCAUACAUGCAGAGAGCUUCUGCCUUGCUUGGAUCUCGGACAGGAAAGGCUGGUAGCAAGCCCGCCAUAAUUAAUGUCUCCACCCUAUUCUCCUCCAUAGAGAAGUGCCAUGAGACAUUCAGCGAGGCUCCCAUGUACCCAUACCGCACCAGCAAGGCUGCUCUAAACAUGCUCACACGGUGCAUGGCAGAGGAAUUAAAGAAGGAUGGGAUCUUGGUCACAGCUCUCCACCCUGGCUGGGUUAAAACGGACAUGGGUGGCCCACAGGCACCAUUGACGGUUGUGGACAGCGCUAGUGGAAUGCUGCGAGUGAUUUCAUCUCUCACAAGCGAGCACAGCGGAACUCUGCUGGACUGGGAGGGGAAAGGGAUCCCCUGGUGAUAUUCCCACUGAAUGGCAGAUCUUGA